AUCCAUCCACCCCGCCGAAACACACACGUACAUACCAUGGAAUACGGAGGCGAAUACGGGAGACCGCAAUCUAACGAGGAACACCACCACCAUCAUCACCAGCGCCCUGAAGGGGAAGCCUACGAAGGCGGGCGCGCAGAAUAUGGUGGACAGGCGCCACUAGGACCUGGGGGAGAGUAUGGGGGACCUCCCCCGCAUCAGCACCAUCACCGCCUGGAGGAAGGGGAGCAGCCUUACCGCGAAGGCGGCGCCCCUCUUCGUCAGUCGUAUGAGGGUGGGCAGGGAUACGGUGCCCCUCAGUACAGUGAGGGUGCAGGCCGGCCUCAAUAUGGAGGUGCCGCCGGAGAGUACGGCGCUUCCCACCCUCGUCCCGAGGGUCGCGCUGAGUACGCCGGCGGUGGUCAGCAGUAUGGUGGUGAUCAGCAAUACGGCGGUACCCAGCAGCGUACUGAAGGCCGCUUUGAGUAUCAGGGUGGUGGCGGCCAGUACGGCGGCUCUGGGUACGGUGGGGAGAGCCGUGCGCAGUACGGUGGCGGUGCACAAGCCAGCCAGGGAUACGGCUCGUCUGGGCAACAAGGGGCUGCCGCCGAGUACUUUUCUGGCAGCGAUCAAGCAUCGACUGCUCAGCGGUACUCUGGAGGAGGGGCGCAGCCUCAGUAUAGUCAGACGGGUGGCCAGCAGUAUAACUCCCCGUCUCACUCCGGUGCGGGCGGUCACCCGCAGACCCAAGGUCGUCCGCAGUUCGACGAGGACGAAGUCGUCCAGACCGCUAGCCAGCAAGGCAGCGGAGGGUCGUCGCUGUUCUCUAGCGCCCUGCAGCACGUUCAGCAGAAUACCAGCGAGCACACGCAGCCCAUCGAUGAAGCUGGCGUUCAGCAGGCUCACAAGGCUGCUUACCAAGAAGGCAACGCGAGCAGCCUCUCUGCCGGUUCCAUGGGCAGCGCAGCUGCGAUGCAGGUCAUGAAGAUGUUCACUUCCAGCGGUGGCAGCAGCGGUGGUGCUGGCGGCGCUGGCGGCGGCGCUGGGUCGGGCUCGACGUCCAGCUUGAUGAGCUAUGCGAUGGCCGAAGCAUCCAAGCUCUUCGACCAGUCCGGCGGUGCUGCCUCUGGAAACAAGCAGGAUGCGGUAAACGGUGCGGCUAUGACGGUCAUGAAGAUGCUUGUGCAGUCGAAAAUGAGCGGCACGACUGGUGGCAGUAACAGUGGCGGCCUUGGCGGUCUUAUGGGCUUGGUUGGCGCAUUCUUUACUAUGCUUUUGAACCUUGCUGAGCACAAGCCACCUUUUUGUAUAGGCAUCAAAGUUCUUGUGAAACGCGAGUCACUGAAGGUCAGAAAGCUGAUCGAGUCGCGAGGAAUUGAAAGAAUGGACGGAUAUUAA